AUGGACUUAAUUGGGCGUAGCUUUGAAGAGAGUGCUAGUACUUCAUUUGCACUUGUAUUUUCCUAUGUUUUAGGUAUCUACCUCCUUGACCAGUUAGGACUUCUGAGUUGCGCUACUGUUUUGGCUGUCAUUAGCAACAAACUUCGUCAUUACACUCCUCAAAUUGGGAUGGAUAUAAAUCAUCACCUGUGUCGCAGUGAGAAGAUUCCCUAUCAUCGAAGUGAUAAUUCAGCUAUUAUCGGCGACAGUGUAAACAUAAACGUCAAAUCUGACUGGCCAUCUAGCCUACAACAUCCCAUUGCUCACAAGUGUACGGAUUCUGAGCAACAUAAGAAGCGUUGCUGUCAGAUAAUGCCAACCACUUCCACUCAUGCAACGUUCAGCCAAACCGGCAUAGGCAGACAGUUAAUUGAUCGAGAAGAUAAUAAAAGAGAGGAAGAUAAAGAACAGGAUAAAGAAGACGAUGAAUAUGAGAUUUGGUGUCAAAUGAAGACCAAAGCACGACCUCCUCUCACUAAUGCAAUAUAUUCAAGGCAUAAAAAGCAUCUUCACACUAGGAACUAUAAGUACUCUGAGACAGAAAUUACAAGUAUGAAACGUGACCUUAAAGAUACAUCCCUUUAUCAAUCAGAGCAUAACCUCUCUCCAGAGCAUAGAGAGUUUGAGGAAGUCGAACAUUUUCGAACAAAAAACCUUUGUCAUGCAUACAGUCAGCCUUACAAACAAAUGCACCUUCAGGACUCUAAUGAAGAACUGAAGCGAACACAGAAUCACAGGCUAUUAGAUCACUACGGCGACAGAUACAAUCAUGGCAGAAUGUCCCUCAAGAUAUAUAAAUUAAAGGCUAAAACUUCCGGAAUUGAGAAUGGCAGCUUAAGAGAAGUAUUGCUCCGGUUUUGGAAGUGCCCUGUGGGCGGACGCCUGACUAAAAUGUGGUGGAAAAUACGGGCCUAUUUAAAAUGGCUGUUACAUGUAGGCAGCAUAAAACAUAGACAACGUCUCUCGACCAAAAUGGAUAGGAUUUGCAUGAGUUGUUAUUUAAUCUUCUCAGUCAUAAAUGCAAUUGUAUGUCUCAUAAUCAUGCCAAGACUUGCAUGA